GUGUUUUAUAUUAAUAUUCAAAGCAACUUAGGAUUGGCUUUGAGUCCACCCAAAGCUAUUCAGAUUCUAAGCUUUUGUUUCUGAUUUGUGAUGGGUUUUCCUGAAUCUCCCUUUCCAUUUCUGGAGUGAUUCUGAUCUGGGAUCUUGCUACCCUUGAGUGUUUUGCUGUAUUUGAAGUUGUGGGUGCUCAUUUGUUCUUUGUUCAUUUCAGCUGAGCUUUGUUUUGGGUUUGGAGUUUUGAGUGUGGAAUUGGGUGAGUGAGAUUCAGAAACAAGUAGAAGAGUCUGACAUGAUGGGGUCGGGUAUGAACUUGAUUACUACUGUGAUUGGUUUUGGUAUGAGUGCAACAUUCAUUAUAUUUGUAUGCACAAGAAUCAUUUGUGGGAGGCUGAGAGGUGUUGAAUCAAGGCCUAUGUUUGAGGUUGAAUCAAGAACUGAUCUUGAGCAGCCGGAGAAUCGGUCUAAUGGCCUUGAACAAGUUGUGGUUGCUGCAAUCCCAACCAUGAAGUAUGAUCAGGAGGCUUUCAGUUCAGUGGAAGAUGCACAGUGUUCAAUAUGUCUUGGGGAGUACCAGGAGAAAGAAAUACUGAGAAUUAUGCCAAAAUGUGGCCACAGUUUUCAUCUCUCAUGCAUUGAUAUAUGGCUGAGGAAACAGUCUACCUGUCCAGUUUGCCGUUUACCCUUGAAAGAAUCUUUCGGCCCAAAACAUGUGAGAUCAGCAACGUUUACCGUGGCUCGAUCUUUUGAUGAUUCUGAGAACAUUCAAACCCACGAACAUUCUCAGCAGUGGUUAUUACCGAAUUCAGCAAGCAACAAUGUUAGCAACCAAGGGCGGUUAGAACCUGCUCCUGGAAACCCCUCGGAACCUACUCAAUCGAGAGAACCGGACACAAGGCAUUGAUGAAAUCCAGAGAUCGGUUGCGGGAUCCAAGCACGUAUCUUCCAUUUAGCAAGCAAAUCAUCUUUGUGUACAAACAUGCCAUAGGUGACUUACCUCUGUUUUUUCCUUUGCCUUUGAGCGAGAGGUUGAUUCCAAGUUCAGUGAAAAUCAGAUGGUAGGGUUAGAUUUGAUUGGAGACUUCUCAUGAUUGGUAGAAUGGUAUGAGCUGAGGUUAUGCUUUUUGAGUCGGUUUGAGAAUGGAGCAAGCUUACACAUCGUAGUCUGAUUUCUGUAUAUAUAAACUACAUCUGGAAAAUUAGAUUGUUUAGCUCUAUAAUCAUACAUUGUGUUUUUGAGCCAUUCAUUCUACAGUUCCUAAUGAUUGCUUCUUUCUUUUUUGCUGUGGUUCAAAUGUACUUCACACUUCCUGAAUCUAGUAUCUAAAUUUGUUAC